CACCAUGUCGGCAUCUUGAGCCAGCAGGUCCACCACUUUGCCCUUCCCCUCGUCGCCCCACUGCGCGCCCAGCACCACUGUCACUCGGUUGCCCACCGGCGGUCUGUCCGGCCGCGUCGCCACGCUCCCCUCGCUGGCGUUGGGGGGCCCCUGACACCCACUGUCCGACAUGUCCGCUGCUGGGCUGGUCUUGUGCUGGGGUGCUCGGCGGAGAUCUGAGUGAGAGGCGCGCCGACACCACUCCAAGGCAACGUUAGACGCCAGGAAAUAACAGCACUUGCACAUGCGCACAGGUGCGCACACGCCACCCGGAAACUUUUUGCAGUCAGCAGCCCAUGAGGAGGAACAAUCCCUUGAACAGCAUCCCUGUCAGCAGGAGUCGAGGGUGAACUUCGGUCACACGGAAUUAGAGCUGCUCCACAUUAAACAGGAACAUCCGGCACUGUGGGAGGCAGACGACCAAGUCCGGGAGGAUUCCCGAGUCUCGUGCGCGCCGCAGUCUUCUGGCUGGGAGCAAGAUGAGCAAGAAGACAACAAAGGGUCUCUGCAAAUGGAGAUUCAGGUGGACACUGCACCCUUGACGCCUCCUGUCAGCACUCUUCAAUCAUCUCCGCCCCGGGAAGGACUUGAGAGACAAACCCUAGCGGGAUCAGCAGGGCAAACCUUCACCGAGUUGUCACAUCUGACUUUGGUCACGCAGGACUACCGCUGUCACCUGUGCGACAAGUCCUUCUCCUUCAACCACCACCUGGUCAACCACGCGCUCCGCAUCCACUGGAAGGACGUGCGCUGCGCCGUGUGCGGAGACUCCCUGGAGUCCCCCGUGCGCCUUAGCGAGCACCUUCAGUCGCACCGCGGCUCCAAGACCUGCCCCACAUGCGGCAAGCGGUGCAGCAGCGUGAGCGCGCUGGCCGAGCACACGAUCAGCCACACGGGCGAAAAGCCGCACCGCUGCCACAUGUGCGGCAAGGAGUGCAGCCGCAAAGGCGACCUGAAGAUACACAUGAGGAUCCACACGGGCGAGAAGCCGUACUGCUGCUCGCACUGCGCCAAGCGCUUCACGCACAGCGGGCACCUUAGGAAGCAUCUGAGGAGCCACACGGGCGAGAGGCCGCACACGUGUGGCGUCUGCGGGCGAGGCUUCCUGCAGAGCACGCACCUCAAACAUCACCUGACCACUCACCGGCAGACAUCUUGACCAGCUCGUACUCCAGUGCGCCACGUUUCUCCUCACUUGUCACGGGGACUUAAUACUGCGGUACCCACACGUGGAUACACAGGCCAACGCACUAGUUUGUGAGGCAAAAAGUUUGACCGUACAAUAAUAUAAUUGUACUAAAAAACAAAAAGUAGGACAUAGUACAUAUUAACCCAAAUAUAAGAGCCGGCAGAUAAAAGACCAAAUUUUUUGAAGAAACAUUUUCCACACGAAAUCAAAAGUCAGUAGUGCGUGUGAGUGACAGGAAGAAAAGCUCUGACUCGCUUGGGGAAAUAGUUCUUGCUGCUACUUACUGGUUUGGAUGUGAAUCGCUUUACCCUGAAUAUAAAAUGACCAUUUUUUUAUAAGGAUUUUUUUUUCUUAACAGAUGUACGAUUGGACUCCGCCAAAGCUGCCCUUUGUCACCGAUACUGUCCAUAACUUUUAUGGACAGAAUUUCUAGGCGCAGUCAGGCUAUUGAGGGGAUCUGGUUUAGUGGCUGCAGGAUUAGGUCUCUGCUUUUUGCAGAUGAUGCUGUCCUGGUGGCUUUAUUCGGCCAAGAUCUUCAGCUCUUACUGAAUCGGUUCGCAGCCGAGUGUGAAGCGAUUGAGAUGACAAUCAGCCCCUCCAAGUCCGAGUCCAUGGUUCGCUCCCGGAAAAACGUGGAGUGCCAUCUCCGGGUUGGGGAGGAGAUCUUGCCCCAAGUGGAGGAGUUCAAUUACCUCGGAGACUUGUUCACGAGUGAAGAAAGAGUGGAUCGUGAAGUCGCACAGGCGGAUCGGUGCGGCGUCUUCAGCAAUGCGGACGCUGUAUCGAUCCGUUGUGGUGAAGAAGGAGCUGAGUCGGAAGGCAAAGCUCUCAAUUUACCGGUCGAUCUACGUUCCCAUCCUCACCUAUGGUCAUGAGCUGUCAGUUAUGACUAAAAGGACAAGAUUGACGGGUACAAGCGGCCAAAAUUAGUUUCUUCUGCCGGGUGGCGGGGCUCUCCCUUAGGGUGAGAAGCUCUGUCAUCCGGGAGGAGCGCAAAGUAAAGCUGCUGCUCCUCCACAUCAAGAGGAGCCAGAUGAGGUGGUUCGGGCAUCUGGUCAGGAUGCCACCCGAACGCCUCCCGAGGGAGGUGUUUCGGGCACGUCCGACUGGUAGGAGGCCACGGGGAAGACCCAGGAUGUCUACCGGCUGGCCUGGGAAUGCCUCGCGAUCCCCUGGGAGGUGCUGGAUGAAGUGGCUGGGGAGAGGGAAGUCAGGGCUUCCCUGCUUAGGCUGUUGUCCCCGCGACCCAACCUCAGAUAAGCGGCAGAAGAUGGAUGGAUUUUCGAUAUCUUUGGAAUAAUUGGUAGAUUACAACAAAAUGUGACAUCAUACACGGUGCACACCUGUUUGAUGGCCCCUUCAUUGAUCCAUUAUCAAAAAAUCCACCAUCCGAGCUCCUAUUUUGUUUGCUAAUUAGCUAACAAGCUCUGAGGCAAUUUUACAGCAGGUUGCUGGUUUGUGUGAGUGACCAAUAGAAAAGCUUUGUCUUGCCUUGAGGGAAAUAUUUCUUGCUGCUACUUGCUGGUUUGGAUGUGAAUCGUUUUGCCCUGAAUAUAAAAGGACACUGUUUUUUGGGGGUUUUUUUAGAUAUUUUUUUCUAUUAUUGCAUUUACGAAAAUAGCGACGUCGCUUUUUGAUCUUUCGAUUUCGGCUCUUCCUAUCAUUGUGAAGCACAAUUCUCUAAGUUUUGGAUUGUUCACCCACUAAUGGGGAACGUUAGCUGGGUUUAGACCGUCGUGCGACAGGUUAGUUUGAACCUACUGAUGAUGUAUUGUGUUGCAAAAGUAAUUGUGAAAUAACUGGUUGAUUACAUCAAAAUGUGACAUACACGCUGCACACUUUUUUUAUUACCCUUAUCAUUGAUCAAUUAUUGUAAAAUCACCAUCUUAAUUCCUAUGUUGUUUACCGAUUAGCCUACAAGCUAUGAGUACAUUUUUUCCCAGCAGGUCAAUAGUGUGUGAGUGACAGGAAGAAAAGCUCUGGCUCUUAUUUGGGAAAUAUGACUUGCUGCUGGUUUGCAUGUAAAUCGCUUUACUCUGAAAAUUAGAUGACACUUUUUAAAUGGAAAA